GUGGUAACAGUUGCCUCAGCACCAGUACCGUGAGUCUCAACAACAUCAGUAGUGAUGACUGAGCCACCAGUAGCAGUAACAAUGGUCUUUGUCUGAGUGACAAUAACAUCGUAACACUCAUCCUCACAUACGAUGGUCUUGGUGAUAGUAGUAGCACCCUCUUCACAAACCUCACAUGGGACGGUGACACAAACGAUCUUCUCAGUUGGAAGGCUCAGAGGACUCCUCGGAGGAUUCUUCGGAGAUGAUUCUUCAGAUGAUUCUUCAGAUGAUUCUUCAGUUGAUUCUUCAGUUGAUUCUUCAAUGACUCCUCAGAGGACUCUUCAGAGGAACUUGGAACAGCAGCUUCAUUAACAACAGUCAUCUCCAAGUCGUACUCUAUGACAGCUCUCUUGACAAGUCUUUCAUCUGGAAUCGUGA